AUGAAGAGCCUGUUGGAACUUCUUCGCGAGCACUUCCUCGAUGUUGACCACCUCGAAAAGUUUUACCGUUUCUGCGUCCAAGGCUCUUCACAAACCUUUGGUCAUAUUUCCCCUCUACUUAGACAGAAGAUAAUCUGGAAUCCAGACCACUGGGAGAUUUGCGACAUAGAGCGCACCUUGACGCUCCGUGGCACUUCAUGCGAGACUCGAAAUGCCAUCGUCCUCACCACCCUAGCUCUCCCAGAGAACAUGGUAGUUCUCGGAAUAAACUCUUUGAGCGAGGACGCUUUCGCUGUUUACAACCACGAUAGACAGGUCGUGAUGCAGAUCCCGCGAAAUGCGGCCCCGUUGUUCGGGGUUUUAUGCUAUGCAGUACAACUCGUGGCGUAUGAGCUUUGCCCGAGUGCGACGACCACCCUCUUGACUCCAGACUCGAGGGUGUGGGUCUCCCGUCGUUCCAUGUUGAAGAGUUACUGCCCCGGGCUUCUGGACAUUACUGUGAGCGGUGCCCUCGAAGCGGGCGAGUCUCCGCUCGACGGCAUCUUACGUGAGUCCCUAGAAGAGGCGUCUCUGUCAGAUACAGUGUUGCACGGCAGGCUUUACCCUUCCGGCGUCCUCAGCUACGUGGGGAGGGGCGGGGGAGAGUAUGGCGAAGGCCAUCCGUUCGCCCUACCCGAGAUCGACUUUUGCUACCACGUCGGCCUCGCUCCAGGAGUGGCCCCGGUCCCGAUGGACGGUGAAGUCAAAUACUUUGCACUCUUGACUGUCUCGGAGAUCCUAGACCGACUACGACGGGGUGAGUUCACGCCGUCGGCCACGUGCGUCCUCCUCGACUUCUUCAUCAAGCGCGGCAUUCUCAGCUUUGAGAACGAGCCCGACUAUAUCGAGAUUGUCACGAGGCUGCAUAGAGGGUUACACUAUCCUACGUUAUAA